AUGUCGCGGCCAGAGGAGCCGUCUGGCGGCUCGGCGACGCAGGCCCCCAAAUUCUCGAGAUAUCGGAGCUUGAGAGCAAAGAGCGUCUCGACCGGUUCCAGUACCGCAUCAAGUACUACUACUACUACUACUUCUACUCCUACUACUCAUGCUCAUGCCAACACGGCACAGCAUGUCUCUCGGGUUCAAUCGAGGGAAUCAGAGCCUCCUGUAGGCGUUGCUGCGCCUGCGCCCGCGAACUCAAUUGCCAGGUCCAUGUCUCGCUACCGCAGGCGCGGGGCGAGUGUCUCUGUACCUGAUGAUAAUGCAACCUCCAAAAUUGCAGCUCCACAGGAAUGCGCGCAACCUUUGUUGCCCCCUGUUCCUGCUAUACCCUCCACUGUGAAGCCGAGCCAUGAUGGCCGCGACAACUUGCUUUUCUCCCAAUCUCAGGACGACGGCCUGUCGAUCCAUCAGGACGACUUUCCUCUGCCUCCCUCCUCGCGACGCGACCGUCAGCUGCGCCAUAGCGAGCGCGCAACGACAGACCUGGCCCGUCAGGCAAAAGAGCUUCAGGACCAACCCAACCACGACAGCCAGCGCAUGAAAAUGGCCCAACGAGACGAUAGCGAGAGGCGGUGGCCCGACGAUAGAGACCUCUCGCGGCAUGUAGAGCAAGCUUUGCGUAACGAAGGCGGCGCUGAACGACCGUCGACGAGACAAAGGAAGAAGACGCUUGAGAAUAUCGAGACCUCAAUGGCAAACAGACACCAGACUCCUUUAAAGUCCAAGAGCCCCGUGGUUGAAAAAUUCGUUGCGUUGACGAAGCGUCGCAAAAGUAAAGAGGGCUUGUCGCCGACCUCGUCUACUGCCGGGUCCAUUGCAGGCUCUGUAGAUUUUGGUAAUAGCCAAAUCGACCUACCUGAAGUGCCCAAGCUACCCGUCGGAAUCGAGGCUGGCGGCAAGGGUAUUGUGCCACAAAAAGAUGCUCCAGUCUCUGCGAGUAAUCAUGGCGAUCGGAUUGUCUCUGUGCGCUGCGGGCACCAGACUUUCGUUUUACCUAUUACACCCGAGACCACACCGGUGGAUGUUGUUUUGGAAACGGCCAAGAAUAUGACCUACGACCUGGAAUGGAGCCCGCAACAGUGCGUAGUGCGGGAAUCAUAUGGUCCUCUAGGCCUUGAGCGCCGCAUUCGCAAGUAUGAGCACAUUCGGGAUGUAAUGAACUCGUGGGAUCGAGACACCCACAACCACUUGAUUGUCACAAUAUCAACCGAUGUGAGGCAAGAUCUGGACCUGGACAUUGAAUCAGUACCCGACGGUGAGGAGCCGCCAAGAGGGAUGCAACUAUACCUGUACCACUCAAAUCGGCCUGGGAAAUGGAGCAAGCGCUGGAUCACGCUCACCGAAAACGGCCAGGUCCUCUGUGCAAAGAAACCCGAUGCAAGCCCGUCAGAAAAGGACACGCUAAGCCUAUGUCACAUGUCAGACUAUGACAUUUAUACACCAACGGAAUCGCAGAUGAGGCGCCGUCUCAAGCCUCCAAAGAAACACUGCCUUGCUAUCAAGAGUCAACACAAGCCAGCCAUGUUCAUGGACACGGAAAACUAUGUCCAGUACUUCUCCACCGACGACCCAGGCGUAGCAGCCUUGUUUUACGAGAAAGUACAAGGUUGGCGAAGCUGGUACCUGGUGGAUCGUCAACCUGCGCCUCGUCGUUUCUCGAUACCCAAGACGGACGAAAAACCACCACAACUUCCAUUUGUUAAACAUGCUCCUCAAAAGUCUGCCAACAUUGCAUCCGCUGGCGGACACCGUCUGAAAGUCUCCGUUGAUGAGUCGCCUUACGCGCUCGGCGAGUUUCAACCGCUUCUUGACAUGAAGCGUUUCGAUAAGCGAUUGUCAUUGUUCGGGCAGGAUUUCUUGCCUGCCCAAGCUGAUCAUCCCGAGAUGCCCAAGCAAGCUUCGGCGUAUGCCAGAAAGGCAUCUAAAGAUGGCAAAGCUGACGGUUUGUUGGUUGACAAGAUUAAAUCUAGUGACGACGAUGCAUUCACUGGCAACGGAUUGCUGGGACAAGAUUACGAGGCUCGCAAGGCAGGUCUAGAGAAAGCGGGCGCCAAUACUCGGACUAUGAGAAAGGAUUCCGGUACGAAGGAGGAUCAUUUCAUGCCGGGGUCACUUCUGCCGAACCAGCGUCGAGAAACCGAUAAUUCACGAAAAGUAGACGCUUCGUGGUUUCCGUCGGCGCUGGAACAUUCAGCCAAAUAUCGCGAGCCUGAGGCGCCACGCCCAAACACGUCUGCCGGUGUGGUCAGUACUCGGUCCCCUCAUGGACGCUCGCGCUCAGGCUCACGGCCGCCUCCCGUGCCGCAACAAAGCCAGAGCCGUACAAGGCCCGACCGGGACCGGCCUCCCAUGACAGCUCUUCCACGUCCUCUGGGUUCGCAUGAUCCCCGGUCUGCGGAUAACCUCCAUGCUCUUGCCAAUGGCCGCCAGCAACCAAAGCCGCUUGUGGACUUGACGCCAGCAAUACGCGAACCUCCACAGUGGGCCAAGAAGGGCCAUGGUGUGCAACCUACCGAGGGCAUGCGUCACCUUGUUGACAUGAUCAGCGUUGGCGGUCCCAAUGAUAAGCCACAUGGGCUUCUCGAAGUUCCGCCUCGUAGUGCGCUUCGGAAGAGUCCAACAAACACAGCACCGUUACUCGGCGCCACCUUACAAAGCUCCUCGCCGGUCCCCAGAAGCGGUGGCGGGCUGAGUAGGACGAGGUCGAAAAGCUCAGGGGCGCCCCCCAGCAGACCCCUCAUUCGCGACGUACCUCCUGUGCCGACAAUGCCGCCGACACUCCCCGGUGCUGUCGGCGGUGGUAGCGGCGGCAGGUCAAUGACAAUGACCGACAAGGACCGGAUCAAAAUGGACGCCAUGCGCGACGCCAUGAUGGCCCGUGAGCGUGAAUUCAAGGAUCGCGAACGGGGAAGAGCCAGGGGUAGGGACCGCGAACGAGAAGCGAGGGAAGAGUUUUACUCAUCCGGACGAACGGGGACGAUGAAAGUGGUUUAA